GCAGGGGCUGCCUCCCGGCCCUCCAGCAACAGCGGCGGCGGCAUCAUCCUCAGCCCUGGCGAUGCAGGCACCACCCCCCGCCCCUGGUGAGCCGCAGUGCUCCAGGAGGGGCCCCCGCUAGCCCCUGCCCAGCCCAGCCCGUGCAUUCAGCUCCGGCGAGGAAGGGAUGGGCGUGAGGGCAGCUGUUCCUGUCCCCUGCUCAGCAGCAGCAGCAGGAGAGUCAAUGCGGCAGCCUCCCCACUGAAGGAGCGGUGGGCAAAGCCAGUGCGUUGACUGAGGACAGUGUGAAGCUGCCCUCCGCCUCCUGCCCCUCUCCCGCUUGCAUUGCCUGCUCUUGCAUUCAUCCCGUUAGGAACACCCCAGCCCCUGGAUCCCCUCUGCAAGGCUCAGCCAUGGGGGCGCUGACCAGCAGGCAGAACGCAGGGGUGGAAGAGGUGGACAUCCCUUCUAAUUCAGUCUACAGAUAUCCUCCUAAAUCCGGGAGCUACUUUGCCAGCCAUUUCAUCAUGGGAGGUGAGAAGUUCGACUCCACGCACCCGGAGGGCUACCUCUUUGGAGAGAACAGCGACCUGAACUUCCUGGGAAACAGACCUGUAGUGUUUCCUUACGCCGCCCCACCCCCACAGGAGCCUGUGAAGACACUCAGGAGUUUAAUCAACAUCCGCAAGGACACUCUGCGUCUAGUCAAGUGCACGGAGGAAGUGAAGACCCCUGGCGAGGAAAUCAGCAAAGCCAAGGUCCGCUACAAUGUGGAGUUCACCUUUGACACUGAUGCGCGAGUGGCCAUCACCAUUUAUUACCAGGCUAUCGAAGAAUUCCAGAACGGAGUAGCCAGCUACCUCCCCAAAGACACCAGCUUGCAGUCAGAGACAGUUCAUUACAAACGAGGGGUGUGUCAGCAGUUCUGCGUCCCCUCCCACACCGUCGAUCCUUCCGAAUGGGCAGAAGAGGAGCUUGGCUUUGACCUGGACCGAGAGGUGUAUCCCAUGGUGGUGCAGGCAGUCGUGAACGAGGGAGAUGAGCACCUUGGCCACUGCCACGUACUGCUAGCGACGUUUGAGAAGCAUGCAGAUGGUAGCUUUUGUGUGAAGCCCCUGAAGCAGAAACAAGUGGUGGAUGGAGUUAGCUACCUCCUUCAGGAGAUCUAUGGGAUCGAGAACAAAUAUAAUAUACAGGACUCCAAGGUGGCUGAGGACGAGGUGAGCGAUAACAGCGCAGAGUGCGUGGUCUGCCUCUCGGAUGUGCGGGACACUCUGAUUCUACCCUGUCGCCAUCUUUGCCUCUGUAACACUUGUGCGGACACCCUGCGUUACCAAGCCAACAACUGCCCCAUCUGCAGGCUGCCAUUCCGAGCCUUGCUCCAGAUCCGAGCAAUGAGGAAAAAACUUGGCCCUCUCUCUCCAACCAGCUUCAGCCCAAUCAUCGCCUCCCAAACUUCUGAUUCUGAGGAGCACUCGUCUUCUGAGAACAUCCCUCCUGGUUACGAGAUAGUGUCUCUCCUGGAAGCUCUGAACGGGCCUCUCACUCCGUCCCCGGCCGCCCUUCCGCUGCACGGGCUUGGGGACAGCCACGGGGCAGGGGUGCUGCCGUCGUAUAGCAGUGACAGCCACCUGCCUCCCAUCAGGACGCUCUCUCCCCUUGACCACUUGUCGGACUGCAGCAGCCAAGGGCUCAGACUCAAGAAGAGCCUGUCAAAGUCAGUUUCCCAGACUUCCUCGGUCCUGCACGAAGAAGAAGAUGAGAAGUCUUGCAGCGAAUCGGAAAUCAGGAUUUCCAGGAGGAAGUCUCCUUAUCAGCAUGAGGAGGAGUGUGGUGUGACACCGGAGAGCGAAAACCUCACCUUGUCCUCCUCAGGAGCAAUAGAUCAGUCUUCGUGCACAGGAACCCCUCUCUCCUCCACCAUCUCCUCCCCAGAAGAUCCUGGCAGCAGCAGCCUGGCCCAAUCCAUCAUGUCCAUGGCCUCCUCCCAAAGUCAGCACUCCCAGAUCAGCACUGACACCAUGUCUUCCAUGUCUGGCUCCUAUGUCGCUCCGGGCACAGAGGAAGAGGGGGAAAUGUUCCCAUCCCCUGCUGCUGCCAGUGGGAUUCCUUCAGAAGGAGAGUCAACUCCUGUGGAAUCUCCAGAUAGGAAUUUUGUCAGUAUCCCUGCGGAGGAGCAAGACUCAGAGGGAAACGAUGUCAUGGAGGAAGAGGACGGAUCUCCCACCCAGGAAGAUGGCCAGAGGACAGGUGCUUUCCUAGGUAUGGAGUGUGACAAUAACAAUGACAUUGACAUCGCGAGCGUGAAAGCGCUGGACAAUAAGCUGUGCUCUGAGGCCUGCUUCCCUGGCAUCAAGGGCUCAGAUGACAACGCCCUGACCCGCAGGCCUGCCCAGAGGCACCGUCUGUCUUCCAGCAACAUCAGCCUGGAAGAGGAGGAAGAUAUGCAGUGCAUGGCGGGCCCGCUGGCUGUCUGAAGAGACUCCACCCUCUCUGGGACUGCAUGCUCAUUCCAGCAUCACACUGGAGGGAGGGCAAAGCCCCCCCCAACCACCACACUUCCCCAGCACUAAAGAAAUGCAGAGCAGCAGCUCUGUGGGCAUUAACACCUCAAAUCCAGCUGAUGUAGCGAUACUGAUUUUUACACAAUUGAACCUGGACGUCUCAUUGCUCCUCUCUGUGGACCCUUUCCCGAUAUUUAUGCUAAGACAAACUGGGCUCACCGUGAUCGCAGCGGAAGGGGUUUUGUUUGAAUUAAGGAGGAGUGUGAAGCUUUCCAGCCGCCUCCUGACAUCUGCCCACGUGCUGAAGCCAAAGGCUACACCCACGCACUCCUGGCCCCUUCAGUGUGGUGACCAGAGAAUAGGGGAGGAAAAAGCUGAUGUUAUGCUCCCUUCCUCCACUCCUGCCUCUUCUCUCCAGUCUGCACCGAUACUUUGAGCCUCUAGCUUCUUAGCUGGGCCCCAGGGCAGUGCUGAAAGGUCUGCGUGCAUGACCCCGCAGGAGAUGUUCCAGGGCAGGAGGUCUGCAUGAUGUUGAGGGCCUCCCUCUGGGGAAGUAGGAGAGGGGAACAAGCAUUCCUCUCCGGGUUGGAAAGGCAGGCGCUGUCUGCACUUGGUGGUUGGUUGAGAGAGGAACAUGACUGGGAGCAAGCCUGGCUGCCCAUGGGCAGGCUCUCCCUCCCGUGUCCAUGUGCAUGUAGAGGCACUCACAAUUAGCUCACAUUCAUCUACCUCGCAAGCGUGCAGUAUCCACCUCGCUCGCUCAGCUGCACUCACGCUGCUGGUGUAAGUUUCCCCUGGCCUGAGCCACGUAAGGCUAAAUCCUGAUCUCAUCAGAGUCAGUGGGAACGUGGCCAUUGCCUUCAGUGAGACCAGGAUUCAGCUGCCCGUGCUCGUGAUGAGCCUCUGAGGGGCAGGUUCACACACACCCAUGGGCCCAUCUGUGCUGGUGCAUGCAAGCAGAUGAGCUUACAAAUGAGGGCUGGCAUACCUGAGUAGGUGCACUUAAGCGUGCAAAAGACCGUGCAUAUGUAGGCUUAUAGAAUCAUAGAAUAUCAGGGUUGGAAAGGACCUCAGGAGGUCAUCUAGUCGACCCCCCUGCUCAAAGCACGACCAAUCCCCAACUAUUUUUUUAUUGCCCUAGAUCCCUAAAUGGCCCCCUCAAGGAUUGAACUCGCAACCCUGGGUUUAGCAGGCCAGUGCUCAAACCCUUAUGUACAUGGCAGCGUGCAUGGACCCUGAAGCACGUAUGUGCAUGUGGUUGUGAGUGCAUAUUCACGUUUGCCUAGCCCUCCCUUGCCCUGCCAAGUGGUGAUGUUUUACCCUGACACCGACCCAUGAGGGUCAAGCCUCCAAAUUCAUGCUUUAAAUGCGGCUGAUUUCACACCUUCAAAAUAUCCCCUCGGUCCCCCUUACCCUCCUCCCUCUGCCAUCCUGCGGCUCCAGGCCUUUCUUCCUUCCACAAAACCAACCCAAGCAAUAACCCAGCUCCCCCACUCUGAGCCGUGACUCAGCAAGACAUCAGAGGAAGGGCAAUUAUUGGCCUGGAGGUGGGGGCUCACUUCUUAAUCUUCAGUCCUUGCUUCUGUCUGGUACUUAACUAGAGGAUCUGGGGCAGGGAAAUGGUAACCUAGUUCCCUACAAUGAAAGCCACGGCAGGGGCCCAACAGCCAGCUUCUUGGAGACAGUGAAGGGACUUUUCCACAUCGUCCUCCAAACUGCUGCCAUGCUGGCUCCAUUCGUCUCAGCUGGAGGGGGCUCAGCCCCUGCCGAUGCCCCUCUCUCCGGAACAAUUGCAGGGACAAACUCAGUCCCUUUCUUUAUUCCUUCUCUCUAAAGCACCUUGCCGAGAGCAUCGGCAAACAAGGACAUGUGCACUGCAUGUCCCCCCGACCUCCCACAGCUGGUACUGUUCCUCCCACUCCUCUGCCACUUUUCACUCCUCGGUUUUCCUUUCGAUUUCUGGGGGUACUGGCCUGACCUGUUAGUCUUGGAGCAGCAUGGCAAAGGGCACAGACUGAGCCUGGGGGUGGGGGGGGGGCUUUAAGAAUGCAGGAUAAGGCGGGGCAAAGCGUAGCAGACCCCCAAGCGGGCUGUGGCAUGAAGUGAACAGGCUGCAACCAUUCAGCUUGUCCUUGGGACAGAGGGAAGGCCUGGGCUUCUCCCGCAGUUACCCAGGGGCCCUUUGAGAAGCCCGAGGGCAGGUGCAGAUGGGAUGCCAUGAAUCAUCUGACUCUUUGUUAUAUUCCCUACCUGAAAUACUCCUCAAUAAAACCACUGCGGCAAUUGACAGUAGUAGUCGUCGUAGCUUUUUGGGAGUUGGAGCCUUUUGGCCCAUUGCUGUAGAAUACAAGAGACAGAUGAACCAAUGGCAGACAGCCCGCUCUCGCUCUGUUUUCUCCAUGCUACAGCUGGGUGUCCAGUGUGGGCUGAGCAUGAUGGAACCCCCCUUUCUGGGGUCUCGGUUCUUUCCCGCAGGAGGAGGAGGGUGGCCAGACCCGAGGUCAUGCAUGUCUGUGAUUCUCACUGUGCAGAGCCCAGAGUGAUCCUUGGAGCAGAACGCGGGUGGCACGAUCCCAAUCUGCAACUGCGGAGUGAUUCUAUUCCUGCGGGUGCAUGCACCAGGGUGCGGGGGAUGUACACCCCUGUAGAGGGCCGCCCAGAGGAUUCAGGGGACCUGGGGCAAAGCAAUUGCAGAGGCCCCUUCCAUAAAAAAAAAGUUGCAAUACUAUAGAAUACUAUAUUCUCGUAGGGGCCCCUGCGGGGCCUGGGGCAAAUUGCCCCACUUGCCCCCCUGGGGCAGCCCUGCUCCUGUCUGCACACGGGUGCACUUGGCACAGGCCGUGAUGCAAUAUGUACUUAUUGCUGCAUGGUUCUAACGGUGAAUAAACCUGUUUCUAUGGGAAGUGCAGCCACUAGCUGGAAUUGUGAGUUGUGUUUGCACAGAGAAUGGGGUCGAUUUCCUUUACAGUUUUCUGGUCCAUUUUUACCUUUUCUAAGGCGCCAGGCCAGGGCUCAGUCAGUGCUACUGAUGCUUCCUUUGUGCAAAGAGCUGUUAUCCCUUUAGGCUCUUGAAAUGUGUUGAACAGCUGCAAGUUCCACUGAAGCCAAUGGGGGCUGCAGGUGUUUGGAAUCUAGCCCUUAGAAACAGCUUCCAUGUUGCAUUUCUGUGGCAGAAUUUCCCCUUGUCCUGAGUGACCACUAAGGGGGUUGGGGAGGGGAGAGGAGGGGAUCCCCAGUCUCUCCAAAGGCUAAAGAUUCUGCCCGACAGGAGCACCCCAAGCACACAAAUUGUAACUUGUAGUGCCGGGCAGCCUGUCCCAUUGGUGCAGGUUAAGGCCAAAGCUGACCAGCUGCAGGGUAAUAUAGUAAACUCAGUUUCUGUUCCUCUCUCAGGAAAGAUUCCAUUGUGGGAACUAUGGCUUUGGGUUAGAAUUUUAAAAACCAGGUGGAUCUCUAGGUCUGUUGAGGGCAGCCCUGGGGCUCAUGGCAAGUUGCCAUGGUGGCCCUCUCUCACCUGGCCAGUUUCUGCCCUGUCCCAUGUGCUCCAGCUUUUGCAUCAGGCUCUAGGGCAGAUUUCCGGUUCUCACCAGUGAGACAACACUUCAGCCUCUCCUUGGUGGAGAUUCGCUGGAGCCCAGUCUGAGCAGCCAUACCGGAGCUGGGUACUGGCUGGAAAUCCAGAGUCUUAUCAUUGAGCAGAUGGUAAAGGCCAGGCCUGGCUCAGUUGUAACAUUGACAAGGUGACCUAGUCAGGGGUUUUCCACUUUAUCUGCUCUAGGACUCUCAGGUCUCCUGCCUCCCUCUGCUGGUGUGUGUCCCAGAGAGACUGGGGAUGGGUUACCAGGCCACAUUCCUUGGCUGCAGCAUUCUCUCUAGGUAGUGCAUAGAGCCGGUUUUGUUUAUUCUGCUCUGCCAGUCAGAACUGAAGUGCCUCCUAGUAAUUACAGUAUAAGGGGAGGGCAGGAGGGUCCGGGUCAUAUUAGCUGGUUAGAUAAUUGAGUCAUAUUCCACCCUUGUUUACACCAAUGGAGUAAUUCAGUUGGUGGAGUAACUCCAGGUUUGCCCUGGUGGAACGGAGAGCAUCAUAUGGCCCACUGGAUAAUGAAGCAUUUUGUUGCUGGGAGGAGAAGCCAGCCCGUUGAGGGGAACCUGGGGGUUUCUGCUUCCCAGCAUCCCUGCAUUAUAUGCUAGCACCAGGGUAAGUUAUAUGCAAACCUAGGAUGACUAUGUUACACACUUACCAAGGCUUUCUCUCGCCUGGCUUAAAAGGGGACAUAAAGAGCUCUUGGGGUCUGUUUCACCAGGGGCAUGGAGAGUGGGAGUCCUGGUGUAUUGCAGGGGCAGUUCUCCUGGACUGGGAAGGAAUGAAGGUGUCUUUGCUCUUUGCCUUUUCUGACAACCAGGUUCUGGAAGCGAGUGUCUCUUAAGUUUAACAGAGACCUUUAAACCAGCUGAGCCUGUCUGAGCCACACAGGGAGCUGCCGAACAGCAGCAAAGGAACAGGGAAGUGGAGCACUGCAUAAUACUCACAUGAAGUGACUGCUAAAGCUGGUAGUAUAGGGCGAUUCCUGACUUCACCUUUAUCUUACUGCUAUAAACUGAACAUGUGAAUGAAUUUGGGUGGCCAGGUGGGCUGAUGUGUUGUAGCAACCUUCCCCCAUGAGAGAUGUGGGUUCACAUUCAGUUUGGCAGCAUUAUGAUAAUUCCUACUGGGGAACUCUGUCUACCUGAUGAGCAUUUGGUGCUCAGGAGAAGCCCAGCUGAGAUCCUUUGGAAGAGCCAUUUGGUGAUCAGCAUUACCAUCUGGUGGUUUGCAGGCAAGCAUCGGGCAGGCUGCCAGAGCUUUUCAGGGGAAGCUUACAUGACCCCUUGCCACACGUGAAGAGACACUCAUCCCAGCCAUUUCUAAUGGAGUGGUUCUCCAGCUGUGGGCCAUGACCC